CUGGCAGGCGUGUGAGCCAAGCCAGCUCUCUUUCUCUCCCUUUCUCUUUCAGCAUCCUUCUGUGAUCCUGUAGGUGAUAUGGAUACAGCAGCAUCCAUGGCCUGUUUUUUGCCUUAGCAUUCUUUUUCAUUUUGCUCUGGCUGAUGUACAAAUCAGGGAUCUAAAGCAUUUAUUUUAAGGACUUACAUUAAGCAUCUGAUAACUGGAAUCGUAUUUUCCUGUAUUUUUUCAGGCUCCUUGGAAAUUGAGGAAUGCAAUUCUGCCACCAUGAUGGAAGGAUUGAAAAAGCGUACCAGGAAGGCCUUUGGAAUACGGAAGAAGGAAAAGGACACUGAUUCCACAGGAUCACCAGACAGGGAUGGAAUUAAGAAAAGUAAUGGAGCUCCAAAUGGAUUUUAUGCAGAGAUUGACUGGGAAAGAUACAAUUCACCUGAACUUGAUGAAGAGGGAUACAGCAUCAGACCAGAAGAACCAGGCUCUACCAAAGGAAAGCACUUUUAUUCCUCAAGCGAAUCAGAAGAAGAAGAAGAGUCACACAAGAAAUUUAACAUUAAGAUUAAGCCUUUGCAGGCUAAAGACAUUCUUAAAAGUGCAGCAACUGUAGAUGAAUUGAAAGCAUCAAUAGGCAACAUCGCACUUUCUCCAUCUCCAGUGAGGAAAAGUCCGAGGCGCAGCCCGGGCUCAAUUAAAAGGAAUUUAUCCAGUGAAGAGAUAGCAAGACCUAGGCGUUCAACACCAACUCCAGAACUUGUAAGCAAAAAAGCCCCAGAUGAUCCUUCAGCCCUUGCCCCACUGUUUGGCCCACCACUGGAGUCAGCAUUUGAGGAACAAAAGUUGGAAGCUCCUUUAGAUCAGACAGAGAUAUGGGGCUCUGUCCAGCCAGUGAAUUCCAGUUUAGACUCUCCAAAACUACCAAGACCUUUUCCAACUGGAACACCUCCACCACUUCCACCAAAAAACAUUCCAGCUACACCACCCAGGACUGGUUCUCCCUUAACAGUUGGUAUAGGAAGUGACCAGACAGCAACAGAGGUCAAAAGUGACAAACUACCAUCAAUCAAUGACUUGGACAGCAUUUUUGGCCCAGUAUUGUCCCCCAAGUCUGUUGCUGUUAACGCAGAAGAUAAGUGGGUCAAUUUUUCCGAUCAGUCCCCGGAAAACAUAACAGCAGAGUUGACUUCAAGUGAAAAAGUGGUGUCCCCACCUGUGGCAUCAGAAAUCCCAGCUGAAUCUCCAGCUGUUGAAACCUCCCGCAAUGUUCCAUCACCUCUCAAUUUAGAAGAGGUUCAGAAGAAAAUUUCUGAGCAAACCCACGUUAAAGAUGAUAACUUAGAAUCAACAGCAUCUCCCAAAGAUUUUGGGUUGGGACAGAGAGCUACACCACCUCCCCCUCCACCACCUACCUACAGAACAGUGGUGUCAUCACCUGGACCCAGCCCCAUCAGUGGCACAGGAAGCACCAGUGGUUCUUCAUCUCCGGCUCGUCCAGCGACUCCACUGGCUGCUUGCAGCAGCACCACCCCACCGCCUCCUCCACCUCGGCCCCCAUCUCGGCCAAAACUGCCUCCAGGGAAGCCUGGAGUUGGCGAUGUGUCCAGGCCUUUUAGCCCUCCUAUUCACUCAUCCAGUCCUCCUCCGGUAGCACCUUUAGCCCGUGCUGAAAGUACUUCUUCCAUAUCAUCCACCAAUUCCUUGAGUGCAGCCACUACUCCCACAGUUGAAGAUGAUGCUUUUAUUGACAAACUGCCCUCGUUUGAAAGGCGCUGUGAAACGCCUGCAGAGAAUGAACAGCCUUCCCUCGUUUGGUUUGACAGAGGAAAGUUUUAUUUGACUUUUGAAGGCUCUUCUAGGGGACCCAGCCCUUUGACGAUGGGGGCCCAGGACACCCUCCCUGUAGCAGCAGCAUUCACAGAAACUGUUAAUGCAUAUUUCAAAGGAGCAGAUCCUAACAAAUGUAUAGUGAAGAUAACUGGAGAAAUGGUGCUGUCGUUUCCUGCAGGAAUUACCAGACAUUUUGCCAAUAAUCCAGCCCCAUCUGUUCUAACCUUCCGUGUAAUAAAUUACAACAGGUUAGAACACGUCCUGCCAAAUCCACAACUUCUCUGCUGUGACAGUACACAAACUGAUGUCAACACAAAGGAAUUCUGGGUAAACAUGCCAAAUCUGAUGACACAUCUAAAAAAAGUGUCUGAACAGAAACCACAAGCAACAUAUUACAACGUGGACAUGCUCAAAUACCAGGUAUCUGCCCAGGGUAUUCAGUCUACUCCAUUAAACCUUGCAGUCAGCUGGCGGUGUGAAUCUACAAGCACUGACCUUCGUAUUGACUACAAAUAUAAUACAGAGGCAAUGACUACACCAGUAGCUCUAAACAAUGUCCAGUUCCUAGUUCCCAUAGAUGGAGGAGUAACGAAACUUCAAGCUGUGCUUCCACCUGCUGUUUGGAAUGCUGAACAGCAAAGAAUAUUGUGGAAGAUUCCUGAUAUCUCGCAAAAAUCAGAAAAUGGAGGUGUGGGUUCUUUGCUGGCAAGAUUCCAGCUUUCUGAAGGACCAAGCAAACCUUCGCCAUUGGUAGUGCAGUUUACGAGUGAAGGGAGCACUCUCUCCAGCUGUGAUAUUGAACUUGUUGGGGCAGGAUACCGGUUUUCACUCAUUAAAAAGAGAUUUGCAGCAGGAAAAUACUUGGCUGAUAACUAAUGGAAGCUUAUGCAAGUAUAUGGAAAAUCCAUAUAACCACGGACUGCUGUGUGGAACAGGUUUGAAUUACGGUUUAAGGGAAAUGAACUAAAUUCUGCACUUGGGGCACUUCUGUUGGAAGUGUCAGCGACUUUCAGCAUUUUUUCCUGAGAAGACCACUGUCUUGACCAGUCCUACAGUAUUUACUUCUAGAUGUAACAUUGUUAAUGGUUUUAAAAUGUAAUUAUUGUAUUUGUAAAUUGUACUCAUUCCAGUAAGGCUGUAUUUUGGCAGUUAGACACUUGAGUUUUAGAAUUUUACCAUUCAUGAAAUGGAUGUAAUUUAAACUGUGGUAUACAAAUUUAAUAGUAGUACUGUUGAAUGGCACAAUGCUUACAGAGGUAGAUUACAUUUUGUCAAUAUAUAUACGAUUUAAAUACAAUACUGGUAGCUGUUAAAAAGGGGGUGCCUCAUGAAAAAAGAGAGUUGAGUAGAACCUGCAAACUGAUUUACUUUUUCUUCAGUCCUUAGUAUGUCUUAUAAUAGUGGUAAAUAAAAGGUCUAUCUUCAAUUGUUUAGCUGGUUGAACUCCAAAAGAAUAUUUUAAUAAAUGCAGAGGUUUUAACUUAUUUUCCCCCCUUCCCUCCCAAAAACCCAACCAACCAAAAUACAAAAACCGAAUGUCCAUAUUUCUUAAAAUACUUAUUUCAAACUUCAUAACAAAUAAUGCAACUUUUCCAAACACUGUCUUCUACUUUUAUGGACUCUUGUUUCUUCUCAAUAUUCUGACACUUCACAAAUGUGUAGAUUAUUAAAUAAGCAGGCAGUUUAAGACAUUCAGUGAUGACUCUGUAUGUCCACAGACUGUAACUGUAUUAAAGGGCACAUUUUCAGCAACCACCUCCACUUUUGCAGUGCUAUUUGUUGGGGGAUUUUGGAGCACCCUAUGUAAGAUGCUUCACAGACAUACAGAAAAGUUCCUAGUCUCAAUAGUCAAGAGCCUAAGCAAGCAAACAACCCCCCCCCCCAAAGAUUGGUUUCAGAGUAGAGCCGUGUUAGUCUGUAUCAGCAAAAAGAACAGGAGUACUUGUGGCACCUUAAAGACCAACAAAUUUAUUUGAGGAGAAAGAAUGUAAUAUAACCCUAUUAUGUAGCCCUGAUACAGCACUUUUUAUCCAUAGAUCAUAAAGUGCUUUAUACAAUUGAAGAAGGAUUUAGCUCUGUUUUACACAUAGGGAAAUUGAGGCACUGAAAACUUAAGUCCUGCACAAGGUAACAGAGUUGAGUCAAUGACAGUGUCAGAAAUAGAUCCCAGGUCUCCUAACUCACUGUCUUUUAUCUUGUCAACUGGACAAUUUUGUAUUGUGCAAAGACUGAGUAGUUAGAACGUUUCAAAUAUUUUGAACUGAGAGCGCUAACUCUUGGUCUGGUCCAUUAUAGACACAGUAGAACUAGUAAAAACUUUCUAACCAGUAAAAACUUUUAAAGUGCUCUCACUGUAUAUUUGUCACACAACUUGUCAGGUCUGUGGUUUUAUUUAUUUUAUAUAUUUAUUUAUUUAUUUAGGUACUCUAGCAUUUUUUAACACUGAACUGUAAUGUGAGCUAAAUUAAAAGAUUAGAAAGUGAAACUUAAAAAUGGGGUUAACUGUUAGUUUGGCAGCUAACUGUGCCCAUUGUCUAUUUUGCCUGCACAAUGUACACAUUUGUACAUGCAGGUCUUAUACCCAGUUUUCUCAUUUGCAUUAGAAAAUAGCUGUACUUGGAAAAAUAGUUGUAUGCAUAAAAGUGAGUGCUUAAAAUUGGAGUCUGUGGCUGAAAAUUUGGCCCUAUAUGUUUCUUCUGAGAUUGGCAUAGUCAAUCUCAAUUCCACUAUACUACGUUGUGUUUGUGGAAUUGAGUUUCAUGCAUAUAAGGAGAGCAGAAUGUCAACCAAGAUUUUCUGUGUGGCUCUAAGAUGAUAAAUUUUUCUUUUGGAUAGGAAACUAUUUUAAAGAAAACUUCAUGAAACUGCAGACUUAACAAUGUGCAGCCUAAUAGGUGAGCCAGUCUUCAGUAGAAAAAGGACGUUACGUUUGUCUUCACAGUUCUCUUGAAUUCUGUCAUACUAGGGUGUGCUAGAAUAUUAAUUUCACAAAUCUUCAUCUGCUGUGAUAAACCAGGUGUCUAUAUCUUGCCUUUACACUUUGAAAAGUCACUGAAUGAGGAACAUGUCUCAUCUUGGAUGAACUGCAAAAUUAAAGAUGGGCCUGAACCAAGCCCUUGAUUCAAACACCCCCAGCUCUAGACAAAGUUGGGAUCCAAAUGCAAUUUACAUUUUGGGACACAGACCCAUUACUGUGUGAAAUGCAACUGAAAAUUAUUUUUGAGGUAAAAUUGGCAUGUCUUAGCCUACUGCUGGCAAACAUAGUGAUGUCAUUUGUGACAUGUCAGCUGAAAUGGUAGAAAGGUAGUUUCUGUUCUGUUUUAAUGUAAAAAUUGUGCUGUGUGAAAAUGAAAUAUCUGUUCAAAAUUAAACAUUAAAAUUGUUCUAAUGUUGAGGUACACAGAGAACUACAAGAUCAUCCAUUAAUUAUGAUGUUGGGUAUUAUAUAGAAAUAUGUGUAAUACCAAAUAAUGUUAAUUUUCAGCCUCUAAAUUCAUUCCCCAUAUCAUUAGUGUCCCAAAAGUUGCCAGCAACAGGCUCACAAAUGUCAAUCAAAAAUAAAAGCAUUAUUUUCACGUACGUGUCCCAGAUCAUACAUGUAGAUAAGUGCUUAUUAGCAGCUGAACUUUGAGUGCUUUUUUUUUUAAGUACACCUUUCUUUUAAAAUUACUGAGAGCAAAUAAGGAAAUCUAGAAAUACUGAAACUCUGAGCACAGUCCUAGAUUAAUAAUUCAAUAUAUAUGUUAAAGAUGAUCAACUUUUGUUGGUGUGUGCAUGUUCACAAAAAAUAAAAUGUAACAGGAUAGAGAUUAAAAUACAAUUGUUAUAAAAAUUCAUACAUCCUCCAAACAUUUAAAAGUGAACAGGACAGUAUUCCUAAAUAGGGGAUUUGCCAGUCUGGUUUGAUUUUUUCCCCUGAUUGGAAAUAUGACUGUAUUGACUAUAUAACCAACAUCUAUUUGAAAUAGGAACUGAAUAUAGGGCAAGUAAUUAAAAAUAAAAACCUACAAAAAAGAGAAUUCUUCAAAUCAGUUUAUGAAAUAUACAAUACAUAAUUUGCAAAACCAUGCUUCAAAAAUUGUAAUCCAUACAAAAAUGUUUUUUAAAAACAUAAAUAUUACUGGUAUACAUGUAACUCACUUUAUAUUUUAUGUUAAGGAGAUUUAGAACUUGAUAAUGAUUAACACAAAUUAUGGCAGCUUUUUAAAAUGUUGCAGAAAAGAACCUGUUCUAUUUAUACUGUAAAAUGCCCACUUAAAAAACUGCAUAGCCUCCCUGAUGUGAACUGAAUAUGAAUAGACCAGAUGGGGUACAUAGGUACCUGUAUAACAAUACACCUCUAUUACAUCGAAAGUAGUAAAUACUAGCUCUUUGUGGACAGAGGUUAUCCAUAUAUUGUAAACUCAGUUCAGGAAAACUCUCAUAGCAGAAGAAUCUCCUACACUGACUCAGCUGUGGUGAGGCUAACAGGACAUUUUCACAAAGAAGAACAAGUAUGUGCAGUAACCAUAACUUUGUUUCAAGAACUGAAUGACUGAUUUAACCAAAUCUACAAUUACAUCCAUCACUACAAUUUUCAUUAUUAAAAAAGAUCAUGUAACUAGGAAAGUCCUGUUGAAAAGACCAAUCUUAUACAUUGGAGCGCUAUUCUGCCCUAGCUUAUGUUCAGCAUAUCUCAGAUUUUCUGCUCUUUGAAUGAGUGUCUUUAGCACUGUGAUAGGCUGUCCAAAAUUACAUUAUUUAGCACUUAUAUAGUCCUGUCCUUCAAACCCCUUUUCCAUCAUCAUGAUCUGAUUUCCAGCAUUUGAGUAAGUGCGCAUUUGCACCUUUGUGCAUACGUGGCUAGAUACUGUAGGUGAGCUUUCAACCAAGUGUGUAUGCAUGCAGUUUGCGUGCAUAUGUUCAGAUGUGUGCAGGCAAAGUAUGGAGACAGCAAACUGGGCCCUUAAUCACAAUCCUCACAAUGUGAGGUAGGUAGAAAUGCAUAGAAAUUCUGGGCUAGAUGGAUAAGUUUCAAGUCUUCUUUCCUUGAAUAAAAAUUAAACAAUUCUGUCUUAAGAAAACAAGAGUACAUAAAUGUAAAGGUGCUCCAGAGUUUUAUACAUUAGGUCUGUGUUCUGCAUCUCUAUUUUAUAGCAUCAGACUCUCCAGCCCGUUACUCUGCUUUGAGGUGCUCCAGUGGAACAAAGCAUAUUUAAACCUGGCUUAACUGUGUACUUGAAUGCUCCAAGGUACCUAAACCACUCACCUUCCUGCCCCACAGUGAAGGAGGCACAUAGGCUCAGGAUCAUCCUGGCUGAUCACUAGCUGCUAGAACAGACCCUAUGGGCUGUUGGCAACCGAUGUAAAAUAGAGCAGCCUAAAGUCUGGGGACUAGGGCAAAGCUCCAGGAUCGGAGAGCCACAGCGAUGGUUUAACAUCAUAUUUGCUUACCCAUCCCAACCCCUGACUUGCAUCAAACACGGCAUGGCUGGUUGGAAGGAUAUGGACCAGAGUAUCAGAGAUCGCCAGGUUCACCCUGUACUGGCAGUGUAAUUGCCAAAUGAAGAAAUUGUUCAAGAACAGUUUGUCAAGUAUGUUAAGGACAAACAGGCUUUUCUUCAGUAUCACUUACUUGUGUCUUCUCUUUCCAUCCAAACACAUCAAACCCUUUAGGUUCUUUUGUAAGAAAACUCCAUGCCUUCUUCUGUCCCUGUUAGCGUCUCCUCAUAGUGACAGUAAGAGACUAGCUUCAGGUCUUUGUUUGCCAUUGCAGUUAAGGCAAUUGGCAGACUUUAUUACUCUUCCAGCAGUGGUCCUGAUCAGGGUGGAGGAAUUUGAAUGUGUCAAUCUGUUAUACCAAUAAAAUAAAAACCAGCAGGAUCUUAUUAAAGGGGAAAAGGCAAAAUGCCACAUUUAUUGUGAAUACAGAAAGAAUCAUAGUAAGCAGUUAUAGCUAUAACAUUCCAUUCAAUUUCAUAUUUAUUCACACAUUCAUUCAUACACACACACACAGGUUCUGCAAGGUUGUUAUCAUAGUUACCAGCCUUAGAGUUGCUCAUGCCAAGCCACUGGCCAGGUGGCCUGGACAUGAGGAGGGAGCAGGGCCUUGUCAGAUGCUCCUGGAAGUUGGUUUGCAGAAUCAGACCCCAAAGUUCUCACUUUCUAGAGUCCAUUUUUAUAGGAAUUGCUUCAUCAUGCUGUUGCUGAAUCAAUCAGCAGAUGGCACAUUCCUGAUGGCUCUGUGCUGCCAGAUGUUAUCUUGUUCUUUGGUUCUCCCAUUCUUGAGGCUGUUGGGUGGAUUCCAGUCUGCCCUCCGGGGGGUCCUCUGGUUAUUUCCACUUGACGCCUUCUUCAGCCGAUGGACACUGGAUUGUUAGGCUGGCACCCCCCUGAUCAUUCAGUUAUUAUCCACACCAAGCAUCCAUCCGCAUACAUCCUCUAUCUCUAUUUUAAUCACAAUUGUUAACAAAGCUAGAUGAAUACAACAAAAGGGCAGGGAGUCUCUGGGUGCUGUUUCUGUUGUUACAGAGUAUUGCUUUGAGUCUCUCUCUAUGUGAGUAGUUGUUGUUACAAAGAAUUGCUUUGAGAACAGACUCUUAGAAUGUACUAAUGCAAUUAGCAGCUUGCAAGUUUUACCUCCACGAUGAUUGCAGACUUGGGUCUUUUAGAUGUUAAGAAUAUUCAUUCUUUUCUUUUUCAGUUUGGUAACCAUUGUAUGUGAAUGUGUCACUCCAGAAGCAAACAGGGCUCUAUUUCUAGUUUCCCUUGUAUGGUACAUAACAGUAUCAGAAAUGGAGAUUUUGCUAGGUAGGGUUUUUUUUGGUGGUCUCACCUCAAAAUGAAAUUUCCUUUCAAUUCGUAAUGACAGAGUUGUGUAGUUUUAUUUUUUGAAAUAGAACUGGGUAGCAUUCAUCACCAGAGUAUAUGUCUAAGGAAAGCGAAAUAUUCGGCCUAAACAGGUGGACUGUGGACACACAUACUAUAUCAAUUUUCAGCUCACCUAUAUUCCUCCUUAUGUAAGACUUCUUUAGGCCACCUUUAUCUGUUUCUUAAUAGUUAUGUAAAAUCAUUCAAUAUUAUGAAAUACUACCAUAUAAUAAGUACCCGACUCGUUUUUUGAUUAUUUUUCUUCUUAAAUAUCACUUUCUUUCUGUGUAGCUUUUUGUUUUAAGGCUACUUGCCACAAAGCUCCUAUUUCUGCUCAGAUCCAUUAAGGUCCCUUUGUAUAACCUGUGGAACUUAAAUGACACACAAAAUAUUUGUCCCAGAAGCAUAGCCUUGCAGACAGGGAGUUAUGUUCACCAACCAGAAAGUUAUUUCAGCCUGCUAGAGACAGGACUGGAAGAGAGCCUCUUGGUAGGGAUUGACAUUGCAAAAAAAAAAUCAGGAUUUAUUUCCCUUUGCCAUCUGUUGGUAGGAUGAUGCAAUAUUUGCAGUCUGGGCUGGAGAAACUGUCAUUAAAAAUGUAUAACUGAAAUUAUGUACAUCUGUACUUUUGACAAUGAAGGUCCAGCUUUUGCUUUGUUUUAAUGUUAUCGAAGUAAAUAUUAGAUAUUUAUUUUGAACUUCUAGUGCUCAGUUUUAAAAACUGGUCGCACUCAUUUUGCACUUGCAGUUUUAUACUCAUAAAUAAUUGUGAGCAGAAUUAAUUGUAGGUGCACAUAAUGGCAUUUAGGUAUCUACAUACCCACAAAAAUCAAGUAGUUGAGCAUUUAAAUAAUAUAAUUUGGGUUCAUGAAGGGUACACCUGCUGUCCUCUAGAUAAGCAAAAUGGAAGGCUGGCUUGAGACCCUUAAAAGAUUUUGCCCUUAAAGUGAAAAAUAUAUUUUGUUUUUUUACAACACAAUUCUGGACUAACAAACACCUAUUGAUGAUGGCAUUCUGUUGAAUUGAAAUGCUAAUGUUAAAGAGCUGCACACAAGAAGACACUGGUGAAUGAUCCUGUGCAAAUGUUUUAAUGGUUCUUUCUAAGAUCUUUUCAGCAUAAGCAUAAUCUGAACAAUCACUGCUUAAUGUUUUGUAUCAAAGACAUUUUUAAAUGGCUGGAUCACAAUAAACAAUAAUUGUUAGACAGCCUGAGAGGCUGAAACAAUGUGAAACAUCUUUCACUGAAUGUUUACAAUGCAACAUAAAAAGGUAAUGAUGGUUUUCCUCCGAUCUUUCAUCCCAUUCUUGUUCCUCAGUUUUCUAGCUGUACAGUAACUUGAUAUUAAGUUGAGUACAGUUCCUGUCUGUAUGCACUUCACUGAAAGGUGCUCAGAAUUCUGCAUUUACAGAAAAACUCUGAAUAGCUUGACAAUUUCUUAAAUACAGUACAAAAUAUUGUCACACUUAAACUUUUGACAUCUAUUUUGGCAUAGACUUAACAGAACCAGUUUGAUAUAUGAAAUAUAGAUUUAUUUCCCCAACUCUUAUUAAUGGGUAUUGUUUUUACAUAAGAUGCUUUGUUUAAAAAUCUUCAUUUUAGAGCUUACCAUGGCCAAAAUAUAUAAUAUCACACAAAAUGCUAUGUUCCUGAAAGGAAAUUACUCUCUCAAAAGACUCCAUUCCAAAAUCAGAGUUUUUGUUUCCUUACAAAUUUUCUAGGAAGAGAAUUCUUGUGGAGUUGGAUAUCUUUUUAUGCUAGUAAGUAUUUUAGUUAUUGCACCAUUAAACAUGGCUAGAAAUGAGCUAUAGAAAUGUAAGGCAAUGAUCUCUCCCUGUGUGAUUUCCCCCUUUAUCUUUAAGAGUGGGAGUACAGAUGUUGCUGCUUGAUCAAUUUUUCUUGACAAUUUCUAGUGUUCAUUUGGUGAUGUUAUUCAAAGUUUUACAUAUAAGCAGGACUUCAUUACAGGCCAAGCAGUAUGUGAAAAGUCAGUCCAGAAUCAGCUUUUUUAAUGAGAGGGUCUAGAAUAUUAUUGAUCCUCUGUUUGAAAUUAACUUACUUGUUUCUUACAAGUUGCUUGACAAACCUUUGUGUAAAUGAGGUAUUGCAAUUUAAUUCUUAAGCCAAAUGUGCUCUGUUUAAAACCACAUCUUCCACCCCCCCACCCCCCCCACCCCCACUGUAUACCUAAGAAAAUAAGGCAUCUUAGAGGAAGUUCAAGUUUUUCCAAAGAUAAUUAGAUCAACCAAUUACUUCAUGUCAGAGAAAUUCUGUCAAAAUGUACAUGGUCAUUGGGUGGAUUGAGUCAAAAUAAUAUAUUACAGUGUAGAGCCCUAAACCCUCAAACAUUUAUGUACGUGUCUUCAGUGGGACUUCACACAUGCUUAACUUUCAGCGUGAAUGCAAGUAUUUACAGAAUUGCGCCCUAUUUACUAACUCUUAUGUUGUUAGUAAUGCUCCAAACAUCUACACUAAGUCCCAGAAGUGAAUUGGAUUUCCAAGUGUACUGCCCUAUAUAUUGUUUUAUAAAAUACCUUGUGUACAAAAUGUUUAAAUAUGUGGAUUAAGUUUCACAAGUAUAUUUUUAAGAUUUAAGUUAAAAAGUUAGUCUGGCCUUUUUAGCCUACACAUGCAAUUAAAUAUACUGUAUCUUUAGUCUAUGAUGCCCUAGUUACUGCUUAGUCUGUGAUGAAAACUUUGCUGCUUACCUAAUGUCCUCAGAGAAAAACUGUAAAAGAUCCAAAGAUUUGUUGCAUUUGACAUACUGCAGCAAAGCUUUGUAUUUGACUACUGGUAAUAUGAAUGUGUUGUAUUGACUUGUUGAAGAUAAUCAUGAAACAACAUAUUUUAAAUGUUACUUGCCUUAUAGAUUAGGAUACAAAUAUGUGGAUAUCAUUUUUGUAAAUAAUGUUUUUUAUAAAUAUCUUUCCUUCAUGAUAUUUCCCAAUGACCAUUUCACAAAAUCCUGAAUAUGCAAUUAUUUACCGUAUAGACUAUUACAACAAAUAAGGUCCCAAUUCCAGAACAAGUUUAUUAAUUCUAUACAUAAGAACAAAAUUAAGUACCUGAUUAAGUUGUAAUUUAAAUGUGACUUUUUUUUUCUUGAAAAUAAAUGAGAAACAUUAAAAUA